CCGAUUCGCUGAGCGCCAUGUGGCACGGCUGCGUGGAAGCACCGAGUUGCUCUUCAGAAGUGGCAUGUGGAUCCACCAGUCAAGGAGUGGUGCAGAGCCUCUUUGAAGAUGAACUUGAAAGGUAUAUUCCAGUGGAGGUCCGGCGGAGCCGACCAAAUGCUGCCAUUGGACAACCACCAGCAGAUCAGAUGGUGAGGCAAGUGGUGCACAAGGAAACAGGCCCUGGAGUGAUGGAGAUCUGCCCCAGUGAUCCUUCGCUCUUGAAGCAGAUCCUGGUGAAAGGUGACCCAGACGCACCACUCAUCCAGCAUGGUGCGACCCUGCGAGCCAGGAUCACCGCCGCCAGCAGCAACCAGUUCAAGUCACUGGAGCAGCGCUUGCUGCAUGGCCCAAAGGAGCACACGUGGCAAGCCGGCUCAGGCGUCAGGUGUCAACUCAUCGAGCUCAUGGUAACUUCCAUGAGGUUGGGCGAGACCUCUGUCGGCCGCAGCAGCGAUGCUGCGCUCUUCACGGAUGAGGGGCUCAGCGUCGCCGCAGAGCACCAAGAGGUGGAGUUUUCCAUCAGCAUCUUAGAGGUCCAUCCACUCGGCCGGAGUGUGCUGCGAUGGGCCGAGGAGCAGAAGGCGUUGGCAGCCCAGGUGCUGAAAGAAGGACAGCUGCACUUGGCGCUGUGCAAGUACUUGAUGCUUUGCCGUGAGCUCGACACCUUGGAAGGCGCUGCUUUGCGUAUCUGGCGCCGUUCGAAUCCGUUGGAGCCGUGGUCAUUCGUUGGAUCGGAGGGUGAUCUACUUGCCAUGCUCCGGACGUUAGGUGCUGAUCUUUCAGAUCGAUCAACGAAGUGUUCCCUGAUGAAAACCUGUAGGCGCAACGUCAGGGUGAGGUUGAAUGCAGCAGUGUGUUUCUCACGGCUCAGCCGGUGGCAACAGGUUUGCGAGAGCUGCGCGCAAGUGCUGUCGGAAGAUGCUGGAAGUGUGAAGGCUUUGUAUCUGAGGGGCCAGGCUUAUCUCCAGCUCAGGGAGCUGAGCGCCGCGGAGCAGGAUCUGCAAAGAGCCACCAUGCUGGAUCCGCAGAACUCGGCGGCGAGGCAAAAGUUGGAGUCUUGCCGAAAGAUGCAGAUGAAAGCGGCUGAACGAGCCGCUUUCCGGCGCCGGCAAGGUGGCAGGGACGCAUCGGAGAAAUGGGCCUAGGCAGACCAGGCGUGUCCUGAGGAAAAUGGCUCGAGCGGCUGGUGACAGGUGAGGGACCAUACCAGAAAUUUAC